CAAACACUAAGAUUACAUUUACGGACAUGUCAUGGCUGAAAAGGACUUGUCAUGGCCGAGCUCAAGUGUAAAAAGGUUCUCUGUUGGUCGAGUUCCUGUCUUACGCCUUCGUACUCAAUCUCCAGGUCAUCGUACUGCUGUUUGAGCUGCUGCUUUUCCUCCAGCACCGCCAGCCCAUACUCAGCCGCUUGGAUUUUCUCGUUGGUGGUCUCGCUCAGCUCCCGGGACAGGCGCUCGAUCUCAGACCGCAUCCACUCCGGACCGGCCUGGAGCAGCAGUAAACGGUCGGGGUAGCCCUGGUCUUCCACGGACAUUGUCACCACAGAUGACGACGAGCCAACCAGAUGGUCUGAGUCAAGAGGGAUGCGGUGCGUCUUCAAGCAGUGUAACCUUGAAGAACAGGAGCGUGCUCAAAUUCGUCUGUAUUUGAAUUGCAUGAUUGUUACGUUUGCGUUUUUUUGUUGCUGGUCUAGCGUCUUUGGUCAUGUAGAUGACUCCCUUCAAAUUGCUCAAGGGAUGUACGCCGUAACCUCUUAGAAAAGCUUCAUCGUUUUUGGUCUGAGGUUGCUUUCGCCCCCUCCGCCGGCUUGUAAGAGCGUUUGAGCAAAGUAGGAGUGUACCAAUCGUGACGAUACGGAAAACGAAUGAACUAUUUAUGUUGCUUACUUUCAACAUAAAAUACACACAAACAUAAUAUAUCAUAUUGCUGCUAGUAUAUGGCCACAUUUGAUUGUUUUAGAUAUUAAAAAUAUUCCUAAAUACGAACAGUAUGUACAGCGCAAAAACAGAUUAUUCAAUUAUUAAAAUGACAAUGAUACAAAUUUUAUUUUGUAGGCAGAAUUGACCAACUUCCGGCAUUUGCUUGAAAUUCGUACUGGCGUCAAUGAAACAGCUGAACAGGCUCUUUCUAACGCUCUACUUUACCAGCUGGUCCGGCCCCUAAAACUGCCGCAGUGCAUCUUGGGAAACCAAGUACUGCAGCGUAUAAAAGAGGCAGCUGAUUCAUUGAAAAGAAAUCAUUUCCCACUGCGCUUUUCGCGUUUGCUUACGUGGAAUCCGGAAACGUUUGUCGGCGGCGGUUGUCAAGCAACAGACAACUAACGGUUCUCUCUGCCAUAUGCCUGCCUGCUGCCAUCUGUUGGAAGAUAUUAUGAACUCACUGACAGUUUGAUAGAUCGCUAGAUAGAUCAAAGUACGCUAUGUUUAUACUUUAUUUUAUGAACCGAUCAGAUAUAUACUACACUAUAUACGCUGUGCUGUACUAUAUGGUAGUGCAUUGGUGUAUACUGUAUUAUACUACAGCAUACUGCUACAUAAUGUUGAGUAUUCGACAUACUCUUAAUGAUUAUAGCCUAUAGCACAUUUAAUUCAUACUGGUAUAGUUGAGGCAUUACACUAUCUUAUGUUUUACAUACUGUUGUAUACACUUUUGUAUCAAGCAUCUCAAAAUUAGGAUACAUUGUACAGUGCUGCAGGCCAAAAUACGGUGACAGUGAGUGAUCGCUAAAGUUAAUAACUUACUGCAGUCUUUGUUCUUUUAUUGCAGUUUAUAGAGAGGACACGUAAAAAAUUCUGAAAAACAUGGCUGCCCCAUUAAUGUUCUUUCAUCGUGUUUAAGGAGCAUAUUUCCUUUCAUUGCUUGAUGUAAAAUGUGAUUUGUUCAAUCUAAAAUGUGGAAUUUUUCUAACUUUUACAAAUAGAGUGGUGUUUACAGAUUCUAUUGGUUUCUUAUGAGAUAUAUUUGAUUGUUCUGUCAUGGACACGUUUCUAGGACAUAAUGAGAUGGCGACCAGUCCAGGGCAUACCCUGCCUCUUGCCCAAAGUCAGCUGGGAUAGUCUAGACCACGACCCUGGUGAGGACAAGCGGCAUAGAAAAAGGAUGGAUGGAUGGAAGGAUAAUGGGCAGCUUUUUCCUUUGCAGUGGGUUUAUUGGCUUUUUUUUUCCAAAUCCCGUACACCUCUUUGCACUAACCUGAACCCUAACCAGCUUUAGUAAGAUGUACUUGGUAAGCCACUCGGAAUUCAUGUACUUGCUAUGUCACCAAGUUGCAGCUAUUUGUAGACCAUGCCAAUAGCAGCACUAUCCCAAACCUUUCUAUGGCAGAAACACACAUUCAUACAGUAACUAACGUGGAAUUGUCCUAAUGGGUAUGUGCUUAUAAAUGAAGCAAUUUAUUUUUUUUAAUAAAACGUGAAUAUAUUAGUAGAUGUUUGCAGAUCCAAGCACUGCAGUAGAAGGCAAGGCUGACAUGACCAUGCAGUACAUGACUUUAGCUGAGGAGUGGGUACUCUUUUAUAAGGUACACUAAUAAGAUUAGUUGUCUAAUCCAAGAGAAGACAGGAAUAACCCAAUACUCCCCCCUCUGCCUCUGAAUUAAAUGAAGAACCUGAGCAAAGAUAUUUCUUUACACCACACGCAUUUUUCCAAACGGUCUUUGAUUUUUUUUUGUUAUUCUUGCACUGGACCCUUCAUGAUGAGGUAGACAUCUCUGAGAAACCACAAUAUCCUGGUGGACAGCCCCACCCUAACCCACAGAGAUAAUCUGAGGCAAAUCAAAUCAAGCGAGGCCAAAGGAUGGACUUUCCACAGAGCUGAAGCGGGAGAGACAACAUCAGAGCAGGUUGAUGUCACUUAUUUUGGCAGCUAUGGUGCAUGUGUGCUUUGAGAUGGCGCUCACCUGAGAGUCACAUACGACAGGCUCUGCUAUGACUGUGGACGUCAUCCAAAGUGGAGGUUCCUAUGGCACGCCAUGAAAAGUCAAGCGGUGGUGCUCUGAUGGAAUUCAUCAGAGCUCCCAGGGCAAAUUACACUAUAAUCGGAGAGGCGAUACGCUAUGUCAUACCGCCACAAAUGCAAUGUUCUAUUGGUUGUGGAGGUCAAAACUGCAAGUAUGACAACCCAAAUUACUGGCGUGAGGACCAGCAGGCUAUUAAAGGCCUCUACUCAUCAUGGGUGACAGAUCAUCUCCUCGCUAUGUCCAGACCCUCAACUGAGAUAAUUGAAAAAUAUAACAUUAUUGAGCAAUUCAGAAGGAACGGUAUUAAAACGGUGAUCAACCUGCAGACACCUGGUGAGCAUGCCAGCUGUGGAAACCCUCUCGAGCCAGAGAGCGGCUUCUCCUACAAUCCAGAGGCCUUCAUGAAAAAUAACAUUUAUUUCUACAACUUUGGCUGGAGUGACUAUGGAGUGGCGAACCUUACGACAGUACUGGACAUAUUGAAGGUCAUGGCCUUUGCACUGCAGGAGGGAAAAGUAUCUGUCCACUGCCAUGCUGGUCUUGGAAGAACAGGUGUGCUUUUGGCAUGUUUCUUGGCUUACACCACCAGGAUGACAGCCAACCAGGCUAUCUUAUAUGUGAGGGCUAAACGACCUGGUUCCAUCCAGACACGGGGUCAGCUGAGCUGUGUGCGAGAAUUUGUCCAGUUCCUGCGCCCUUUGAGAUGUGUGUUUUCCUGUGCUGCACCUCGAUCCGAACCCAUCACCUUGACCCAGUAUCUCAACCGCCAGAGACACAUCCUGCAUGGCCUUGAGCGUAAAGAACUGAAGCACCUACCAAAGAUAGUCCAACUCGUGUCGCAGCUGCUGUUGGAUAUUGCAGAAAAUAGACAAGUGAUUGAGGAGGACAUUUUGGAGGCACCGGAUAUCCAUGAUAUUGAGAUGACAAUGAGCAUCAUUGAAAAGCUUGGACCUGACUUUUGCGCUAAGGAGCCUCGCUUGCCAGGUUCCCCGACCUUACCGAGACAUUUUAAUGAGCCACCCAUCUUCUACCAUCGUAAAAGUCUGAGUUACAGUGAAUCUGAUUUAAGACGUCUGGGCUCACAGCUCAACCUCCUCAGGCAACCUUUGGGCUCACUCUCACAGGGCAAUGUGGCCAAGUCCAUUUCCACUUCAGACUAUGCUCAACCUGCAGCCCAUUGCCAGAGCUGGAGUUGUAACGCAUCUGAAAUCUCCUACACCUCCACCGGAUCACUCUGGCAAGUCAAGAAUGAUGAAAAGGAUGGGUCUAUUCUGUUGAAGAAAAUAAAGAAAAAACCCAUCCAACGCUGUGACUCUGUUGGAAACAAUGGACCUCUACAAAAAGGUAGCAUGCUGUCCAGGUUGAAGGCAGAGCAGAGGGAAGAGUUAGCAGAAAACGGGAGGAAGUCCCCGGGUAAAGAGGAGGAGCAGUCAGAGGUGCCCUUCAUCACCCUGCAGUCUGAGUUGUGUUUGAAAGCACGGAGGCUGCUGGUGGCACAGGCCCUGGCAGUGGAUCUUUUCUUGGAUGGGGAGGAAGAGCACAGGAACAAAGUGUUAGCAUGGCAGGCCGAGCUGAAUCAAGGUGGUGCAUGGGAGAGGCUGUGCAUGGAGCGGGAUCCCUUCAUCCUCACAGGUCUGAUGUGGGCAUGGUUGGAGCAGCUUAAAGAGCCCGUCAUCUGCCUCCAGGAUGCUAAAGCCCUGAAGCCUGAAAACACUGAUGCUCAAACUGUCCUGGACACACUUGGCCAGGCACCUAAAGAAACAUUAAAGUGCAUACUAGACUGUAUGGCUCAUUUACUGGAAGUACCAGAGGAGGUUGAAGAUGCCUUUCUGAAUCGUACCAUUAAAGCUUUUACUUGGAUGGGAAACAAUGAAGGCCAAGUGUAUGAGUCCAUGACAACAGUCCUACGAUGUGUCCUUGAGGACAUGAGACGUGUUGCCACCAAAUCAGAAGAGCUAACAGAGUCUUCUUUUUCUUUCGUGUAAAUACUGCAGGCCAUUGAUGAAACAUGCAGCCGACACCAAGUGCCUUUUGAUCAAGAUAUUUAUUAUGCAAUUGCUGAUGUUGUGAGAUGAAUACAAAUAGUCAUGGUAUGGAAUGUCACCCCCAUACUGAGGUAACCCAAUGAAGAACAGGUUUUUAUGUAAUGUUCUGCCUUAAGACUUAAGAAACCUAGUCUUAGAAUAACCAAGGAACCUCAUAAUAAAAGCAAGCAUGAUGAACAGUGAAUGCCACAACUCACGAUGUGAAUGUAUAAGCCUUUAAAACAUCUUUGCCAUCUUUUCCUUCAACCGAACCAACAAUGCUGGAGUAGUCACAGCAGACGUGGCUGAACCCUCUAAAACACAGAGCAGUAAGGUCAAAUGCAAUAUUCACACACUAAUAUUUAAUGGCAGCAGAUACUGAAAUGUUGAAACACACCUGGACAUCGUGUGAGAACCUCCUAAUAAGUGGUAUCGGCUAUCCAAGGCCAACCCGUGACCUCUGUCAUGUCUCCAGGUCAGCACACGUAAGGAAAGGUCCUGAGAUGCCGUUACCACACGAAAGCUAUCCUGUAAAUUGACAGUGCUUUGAUCACUUUUUUGCAUUCUGUUGGUUUAUGAUAAAAACCUUACCACACAUAUAGAAGUAAUUGGCAUGAUGUGCUCUUCAAAGCUGGCAAGCAAGACGCCUUUCAAAGAGUACACCCACAGAUGACGAUCAGCUGCCAUCACAAUGCAGUUGCUGUCUUUUGCCUCGAGAAGAAUGUCGGAGGAUGUGCUAUUCAGUGCCAAGGGGAAGGACUCCACCUGCUGGACUACAGUGAAACGUAGUUGCUUUUAGAUCAGAAGUGAAACUUUUUCCACAGUGGGCUACAUGUGAUACAGAGCAUAUGACACAUGUAUAUGCUAAGAAGUUAGGAAAAAAUGCAUUUCAGCUUUGUGAUAUAAGUGACAUAUUAUUAAUAUCAACUUUGGUUUUUGCUCUUUUUUUCCCCAUUUUUGCUGUUGAUUCUUUAAACAUUUUUAAAUAUUUCAACUUUCUUCUUAAGGGCCGCACGGUGGCCUAGUGGUUAGCAUGUUGGCCACACAGUCAGGAGACUGGGAAGACCUGGGUUUGAAUAUCCACUGGGGAUCUCUUUGUGGAGUUUGCAUGUUCUCCCCGUGCGUGCGUGGGUUUUCUCCGGGUACUCCGGUUUCCUCCCACAUUCCAAAAACAUGCAUGUUAGGUUAAUUGGAGACUCUAAAUUGUCCAUAGGUAUGAAUGUGAGUGUGAAUGGUUGUUUGUCUAUAUGUGCCCUGCGAUUAGCUGGCGACCAGUCCCCUGCCUGUCGCCCGAAGUCAGCUGGGAUAAGCGGCAUAGAAGAUGGAUGGAACUUUCUUCUUAAAUAAUCUUCAUAAUUUUCUUUUCAAAAUAUUAUGACUUUAUUCCCAUAAUACUAUAAAACUUUUCCCCAACCUAAUUUCCCAAAAAUUCAAACUUUAUUUUGUUUGUUUCGCUUAACAUGACAACUUUUAAAAAAAUAUUUUUUUUGUUUAAUAUUUGUGAUCUGUUCCAUACUUAUUUAUUCUUAUUCUAUUUUCUUAUUUUUGUAGUCUCUCAUGUCUUUGCCUUGGUUGUUUUAUUUUGUGAUUAAGUUCAUUAUGAUUUUUGCACAGCUGCUGGAAAAAUGUGAAUUUCUCUUGAAGAUCAAUAAAAUAUCGAAAGUAUCUAUUUCAACUAUGCUACUAAAAUAUAUAUAUAGUAAAUAAUUACUAACAUAUAAUAUACUGCUCAAAAAAAUUAAAGGAACACUUCGAAAACACAUCAGAUCUAAACUGGGGGAAAAAUGAUCUUGAAUAUCUUUCCUGAUAAUAAGUGGGUGAUGUAUUAGUAACAAAAUGAUGCCACAUCAUUUGAUAGAAAUGGAAAUGAUCGCCCUAAUGAUCGCCAUUUCGGCUGGCUUUUUUUUGUUUUUUUCCCCCCGUUUUCUAAAUACUUCAACUUCUUGUAAGUUUUGUUCUCGUAAUUAUUCGGGAUGUCCAAUACUGGCUUUUUUGCCGAUAACUGAUAUGCCGAUAUUGUCUAACUCUCAAUUUCCGAUAUCAACCGAUACCAAUACGUGUAACAGGACUGGACUUAUUACCUUAUUAUGUAUUAUUAUUACUAUGUAUUAUUAUUAUUUCUUAUGUAUUAUUGUACAACAAAUUUGACAU